AUGGUAGGAACAGGGCCUCAAAUUGUUGGAUGUGAAGCGAGAUGUGGGAAAGAGACUCGGUAUUACAAAGAUGCUGACAAGAGCUGCGUCGGAUAUAAGUGCUGCCAGACCAAAAUUCCUCCGGGUCUUCAAGUGUAUGAUUCAACUGUGGAGAAACUGGAACCUGGUAAAAACGUAUGUCAGGAGGCCUACUUAUCACGAGAGGACUUCUCUACGUACACGCUCACCUCACCUGAUCUAACAGAGAAUGUUAUAGUGACCAUGGAUCUGGAAUGGCGUCUUGAAGUUCCCCCCAACAUCGUUCCAAAGAGUUCACAUUGCGAGAUAAGUACAAGUUUAUGUAUUGUUUUGUCCGUAGACAUUGAUGAGUGCAGAACUAUAUAUGGGGUGUGUGGAAAGAACAAGUGUGUGAAUGUGGCUGGAUCAUUCAGAUGUGAAAAAACGUGGCCUGCUAUUCUAGGUGGAAUUCUAAGCUCUGGAUUGUUUCUUAUAGCUGUUGGAACGUGGUGGGUAUGCAAGGUUAAUAAAAAGCAGAAAGCAGCCAAGCAGAAGAGGAAGUUCUUCAAACGAAAUGGAGGUUUGUUGUUAGAGCAGCAAAUGUUCUCCCUCCACGGAAAUGUCAACAAAACCAAACUGUUGAGCUCCAAUGACCUGGAGAAGGCAACGGACAGAUUCAACGCGAGCAGAAUACUAGGGCAAGGCGGCCAAGGUACAGUUUACAAGGGAAUGUUGGAAGAUGGGAUGAUCGUCGCUGUCAAAAAGUCCAAAGCAUUGAAAGAAGAGAAUCUUGAAGAGUUCAUCAAUGAGAUCAUCCUUCUAUCGCAGAUUAACCACAGAAAUGUUGUUGGGAUCUUAGGAUGUUGUCUUGAGACGGAGGUGCCUAUGUUGGUGUAUGAGUUCAUUCCCAACAGAAGCCUUUUCGAUCAUAUACAAAACCCAUCAGAAGAUUUCCCAAUGACUAGGAAAGUACGCCUCUGCAUCGCCUGCGAAGUAGCUGAUGCACUAUCCUACCUAGGGUUGUAAAAACGGGCUUCCAACCCGCGGGCUCUAACGGGCUCUGUAUAAAAUUUCUGGCCCGUUACCCGUUUAUUUGUAUGUAAAACUUAACGGGUCAAUACCGGGUUACCCAUUAAGGCCCGUUUAAUAAAUGGGCAGAGUCAAAAUAUACAUUUUUUUACCCGUUACCCGUUUAGUUUUUUUUU